AUGGAGCAGUCGUCCUUAAAUCCAGCAACGUUGACGCCAGUGUCUUCGCCUAAGGAAGAAACGACCGGUUUGACCAUAAGACAAGUGGCGAAUGUAAAAAUCUGGGCUCACAGGCGGCGGAAAUCACUCUUCGUCCCACAGCGAUGUGAAACAGACUAUGGGAACGCUUUGUUGACGCAUGCAGACUUUCCGAAAGCCAGGGCAAAGUCGCUUUCUGCGUUAAAUCGUGACAGAAAGUUGCAAUUCGACAAGCAAAUGGCCCAUAAAAUGAUGGAACAGGUGCUGAACAUGGAGCUGUCGUUCAAAUCCUACGAUUUAAAAGAGUGUGAAAUUGCGUCGAAAAAGAUCGCCAAGACACUAAAUGAAAAACUGAGCAGCACGUUUGACCUAUCUGGCUGUAAAAUGAUCUGUUUGUGCUAUAUCACAAAGCGUGCAAAACCUUCCUUGGCGAUAGACAGUGGCUGUGCGUGGGAUGAAAUGAAGAGCACUGUGGAAAAGGACGCGUUCGUGGAUUACGUUUACAAAAAUCAAACAAUUGUUGCCGUUGCCUCCGUUUUUGUUAUUUCUUGCCGCAGGUUUCCCACGAGGAAAGUGGUAUUGGACAACCUCUACGCUCAAGGCACAUCAGUACCUAAGGCAAGGAGUGCCGUCAUGUCAGAGCUAGCUCGUAGAAGCCACGAAUCAAGCGACAGAAUGUUUGGCGUCCCACCGCCGAGGAAAGAUGAAUGGGUGGGUUAA